AUGACGGCGGCUCUACCCUAUCUUCGCUCUCUGCGAAAGACGGACCUCGUUGUCCUCGCCGCAGAAUCUCAUUUACAAAACUAUGGCGACUUUAAGAAAGUCGAGCUCGAAGCGGCGUUGGACGAGCAUCUGAGCGCCAACAAGUCUGCCCUUUCGGAUAAUCAAGUAUUCAACGAUUAUUUCAGGAGACUCUCUCAGCCUCCUCGCUCGUCGCCGAUUAAAAAGGAGCCGAAACCGGAUGCCCCUUCGGGGAUCGACCCGCUUGUUUCCCCUACCAAGCGUUCAACGCGUUCUGUGACCCGGACGCUCAAACCAAAGGAUGAGAUUGAUGCUACAGAAGAAUCUGAGUCUUCCUCUAGGGCGAGUGGAUCGCCCUCAAAUGAACCUGCGGCUGCACGUACCCCGGCGCGACAAACACAGGGAUUUUUCUCUGCUAUUCCUCCGUCCCCUGCUGUUGUCACAGAAGUCAUUGAGGAACAAACCACUAAGGUGGGCCAAUUUGUCUCGAACGCGUGGGUAGCAUCCGGGGUCAAAGAGCGUGCAUUUGCGCUCCGCUCAUGCCUUAGCAGCGUGAGCAUGAUUGAGACCCUGAUCAUAGCCUUUGAGUUUUACUGCUUGAGCAGCCAAAUCAUCCCAUCCCAAUAUCUUGGAACAAUUCCGGAGACCUCGGCUUUGCAUAUUCCUGCUAUUCCGGUCAAGAUCCCCGAAAUAUUUGUUCUGUUGACAGCGGAAUUCUGGGGACCUUUCUCUCUAUGGAUAGCAACUAGUAUCGUCCUCCCAACCAUACUUGCCUAUUUCUUUAAUAUCAACCUCAAGGUUACUCAGCCCAAUACCCCGAGCCAUUCGUACGGAACCCGCCGUGCUUCAGCUGCCCAGGCUGUUAAUGCAGCCGCCAAACCGAGUAUUGACCCCUUGGUAUUCAAUGUUUCCAAGGCUUUAAUAUCCUACCUUGUCUAUACAAAUACUUUCACCUUUGGCGGGAUAUAUAGUCAUGUUUCGGUCGAGAGAGUGGUUCGCUCUGUACCAGGUGGCCUACCCGGACUGUUGACCGGCUCUGCAGUCUGUGUACUGGGUAGUUUGUAUGAGGCUAUCUUGAGAAAAUAG